AUUUUCAUUAGAAUUCAAAUACUAUAAUUUUUAACGAUUUACUUACUCUUCCAAAUGAAAUUAAUCAAUGCAUUUUUUUUACUAUCACUCAUUGCUAUAUUAUGUCCUUGUAGUGAGUGUGACGAACUGACCGAUUUUCAUCGAAUUGUCGUUAUUGGCGAUAUCCAUGGCGACUCAGAUAAUUUUCGAAAAAUUUUACGAACUUCCAGCUUAAUUCACGAAGAAAUUAAUGAAAAGGGUGAAACUAACGUUAUUUGGAGCCCUCUAAAAGACAUUGAAGGUUUUCCUAUACGUACUUCACUAAUUCAGAUCGGUGAUUUGAUUGAUCGUGGCGAAAAUGAUAUGCAAUGCUUAAAUAUGGCAUUUUCACUUUACGAACAAGCAAGUGCAAGUGCAAAUGAUGAUAAAGUUGUUUUAAUAAUUGGAAAUCAUGAGUUACUUAACCUUGAAGGACUUUAUUAUAUGGUAAACACUAAUAAUUUCGGAGGCUUUUUUACUAAAAUAUUGAGGGACUAUGCCUUUAAGCCUAAUGGACCCUAUGGAAAAAAUAUUAUAAAAAAUUUUAAAGCACUUCAUGUUGAAGAAGACAGUAUUUUUGUACACGGUGGUUUUUCAUCAACAAGUCAACAUGAUCCACUCAGCGAAAAUGAGCUAAAUAGCUUGGUUCAAAAAUCCCUUCUUGAAAGAAAUUAUGAUAUACCCAUUUUUGGAGAUAAAGGACCUUUUUGGGAUCGAACAAUGAUUUACGACGCGAUGAAUGGUAAUUGCGACACUGUUGAUCUUGUUUUAAAAAAUUAUAAUGUCAAAAGAAUCAUUGUUGGACACACAAUUCAGGCAAGUGGAAGUAUUGGAGUUUUAUGUGGAGGCAAGCUUCUUGCUGUUGAUGUAGGGAUCAGCAGUUGGAUACUCAAUAAUCCCGUAGCUCUUGAAAUUUUUAUUUUACGAUACAAGGGUAACAAUGGAAACUAUGUCAUAACUGAGUUAUGGGAAGUCACUGAAAACUUUCAGAGAAAGCUUGACAUCAUCGAACAAAAUUAA